CCAGAUCCGGAGGGGGCGGCGCAGGGGGAGGGCGCCGGGCCUGCGGAGAGCUACCCCCACCGCGCGGGGGCGCAAUCUGCCGCGCAGCGAGCAGGGCGAUUUCCAGCCGUGCCGGGGCGCGCUCUGCGCGCUCUGCCUGCGCGCCCGGUUUGUAAAUCGCCGCCCCUGCGGGCCGCUGAACGCUCUGCGCCGGGGGAGAAUUGCGACCUCCGCCUGCGAAUAACCCUCGGCCCCGCGCAAGCCAGGGCGCAAAACCUCUGUGCCCCCGCGCAAGCUCCGCAGCGGGACUCGCUCUGCAGACGUGGCCGGCGGAUUCAAGCGGGCAAACGCUGCGUGUGCGCAAUAAUUGCAAGGACAGUUGCAAUUAGCCGCGCUGGCCAUUCGUGAUUAUCCAGCCGGGCGCGGUCGUUCCCGCCGGGGCAGGUUCGCACCCGGCUCGAGUGAGCGACGGGCACUGCGCCCUCCGGCUCCGGGCCUGGCGCGGGUCCGUCCGCUCCUCCCGCGGGGCUUGGAGCCGGCUCCGGGCUCCGCGGCGGCGGCUUUGCCCUGGCUGCUGCGCGGCGAGCCCGGGGCUGCAGGGCACCGACCGGACCGCAGGGGUUGCUGGGCCCUGUGACCCCUGAGCCAUGGCAAGCAGCAGCGGUGUCUGGGGCCCUCCCAGGCCCCAGGAGACACAUGGGAAACCGGAGCAGCUCAAAUACUCAGGCAUCACCAAGAAAAAGGACUCAGAAGUUUAUGUUGGAAAUGUCCCACCUGAUAUGAAGGAGGAGGACAUACUGCUCCUGCUCAGGGACUUCCACCCGCAGCGUAUUCAGAGGUGCCAGGCGGGGUUGAGAAGCUGUGCCUUUGUAGAUCUCGGCUCCUCUGAGCAGGUGCAGGCCGCGAUCCGGCGCUUCAGCGGGCACCUCGUGAACGGACGUCGCCUGUUUCUGAGCCGCACGGGUGCAGGCACCGGGAGGAAGGACCCGGCUGGGACCCGGAGCACCAUGGAAAUGCCAGCUUUGGAGAGAGUCCCCAGGGGAGAGCUUGGUCUGAGCCAUGCACAGGCAGAGAACAAAACCCUGCAGCCGGCGCCUCCCGAUGCAGCCAGGCAGAUCUGUUACGCGGUUCCCAUGGAAAUGAGAGGGUCCUUCUUGGCGCUCAUGCUAAAAGACUGCUUUAAGGAUUUAAACUGGUUAGUGGCGAUUGCAAAGCUGCACGGCGAGGCAGGGCUGCUGGUGACGGACGCUCUGCCACAGACCCCGUACUUUUGGGCCAUACACCUCACAGAGGAGAGUCACUCGAACAUGCACAAGCUGUUCGGCCGGCUGGCGGAAGAGGAGUCCAAGCAGCCCUGCCUGGCGAAGCAGGCGGUGCAGCGAGGGACCCGCUGCAUGGCAGAGUGCACUCUGGGGGACGACGGGGCAGCGUGGAACAGGUGCUGGGUCUUGGAGAAAGUGGAAGAUCUUGCAGUGGUUCUCUUUGUUGACUUUGGCCGUUCAGCCACUGUCCCUCUGAACUCACUGCGGAAGCUGGAUGAAGACGAUAUCUGGGCCAUAAAACCGCUGGCCCAGCCCUUCAUCUUCCAGAAAGAGAUUGUCUCUGCAAGACCCAUGGUCCGGCAAAUCCUGCGAGGGAAGGUGGUUGGCCCGUCUCGCCUGGAGCCUCACAUCCUGAGCUUCACCACCUACGCAGAGGAGGAAGAGGAAGAGGAAGCUCUGAGCUGAAGUCCCCUGCGGGGCUGCACCUGCCUCAAGGAGGAGCGGGGUAGAGAACUGCUGGACCUUGGAAAAGUAGUCUUCUACCUGAACCAGCCUUAUUAACUGGCUCCACUGUUGUGAGUGGGGGGAGUCUCUUAUUGCUCCAGGUUUAGUGAUGUCCCCACUUCGCUUCAAGGGGAAGUUAUCUAGUUUUGAUUUUUCUGUAGACUUGUGAGGGAGCUGCUGACUGUCCCUCUGGCACCUGACUAUUAAAUGGACCCUAGAAAGGCCCGUCCUGGCUUGGCAA